AUGUCCAACGAAAACAUGGAUGAAAAGAAACAAGCACAGCCAAAAAGAGCGCCUCGUAUCACCGAGAUGAAGUCUCGGGAUAUUCCUACCGCGGUCGAGUCAUGGAGGCUAGCCUUUGAGAAUGAUCCUCUCCGGGGGUACAUGCUUGAUGGCAAGAAACCGUCCCGCGGCUGGCAAUUCGUAGAAGACCUAUAUAUGCGAUGGUUUCUUAUCGUUUGGCGGCGGCGCAAAAUUAUGCUGACAGUGGAACAUGGACAGUCAUAUGUUAUCGUGACAACCCCAGAACUUCGGGAGCCGGGUACAAUCAUUGACCGCAUACUCGACUGGACGAUCGCAGCGACGACUUGGACUUGGGGCUUGCUACGUUCCGCAGAACUAAAGAAGAGGCGUAGAGAGGUCCUCGGAAAAAUUACGAGUGCCACAGAAAGUAUUUACGGUGACCGAGUGAAGGAUAUGGUCCAUAUAGAUGGCUUAGCGACGAGGCCACAAAGUCAGGGUAGAGGUUACGCAGGUGCCCUCCUUGAUACCGUGACCGCGAAGGCAGAUGCGGCCUCCCAAGCAACGUAUCUAGAGUCAAGCAACGUCGCUAACACGGGAUUCUACGAAUCUCACGGCUUCAUAACUGUCGGAGAGAUCGUAUGCGGGGACGACAAUCCGGCAUGGAAAGAGCCGCCAGUUGUCGUAAAAUUGAUGGUACGAGAACAUGGUUGGCUCGCAGCAGGAACCAUAGUAUUCAGACCGCAGUCGCCACAACCAGCGUUCCGCUAUCUCACUGUGAACAUGACCAACGAAAACAUGGAUGAAAAGAAACAAGAACCACCAAGAAGACCACCUCAUAUUACCGAGAUGCAGUUCCGAGAUAUUCUUACCUCGAUCAGAUCCUGGAGGUUAGCCUUUAAGAACGAUCCUCUACGGAGCCAGUCAUACGUUAUCGCGACAUCCCCGAAACUCCGGGAACCGACUACGAUCGUUGACCGCGUACUGGACUGGACGGUAUCAGUGAUGUCUUGGACUUUGAGCUCGAUGCGCUCAGCAGAAAUAAAAAAGAGGCGUAAAGAGUUCCUCGGAAAGAUUACGAGUGCCACAGAAAGGGUUUACGGCGACCGGGUGAAGAACAUGUAUCAUAUAGAUAGCCUGGCCACGAGUCCACAAAGUCAGGGCAGAGGUUACGCAGGUGCCCUCCUUGACGCCGUAACUGCGAAGGCAGAUGCAGCCUCCCAAGCAACGUACCUCGAGUCAAGUAACGUCGCCAAUACAGGGUUUUACGAAUCUCAUGGCUUCAGAAUUGUCGGAGAAAUCGUAUGCGGAGAUGUCAACCCAGCGUGGAAAGAGUCGCCGGUGGUCGUAAAACUGAUGGUGCGGGAACAUGAGGGAUCGUAG